AUACUAAGCCAAUAAUUCGGAACACUGAUUUUUACUUCAUUAUAUUUUGUUACUUUUUUUUUUUCUUUUUCGACGUGUUUAAGAUAAAACUUAAACUAUUCCAACGCUGCGUUGAGGUUGUACAUAAGUAUAUAUAAUUUUUUUUUUUUCCCCUUUUUUUCUUUCUCGCUUAAGCUAUGUAAUGUUAAUACAAAAUAGGAUCUCCUUCGUUAUGCCAUGAUAUAAUUAAAUAUCCGUCAGGAAUUUGAAAUCGGCAUUUUUUUUCAUUUGCAAAAGUUUGUUUUUUUUUAACUGUUUAACUGAGCAGAAAUCAAUCUUUUUUCUCAUCUUCAGCCCCCUGUGGAAAACCAUGUAUAAAAAGGUAUAUGUAAUCGACUGCAAGGGACACCUGCUGGGAAGGUUGGCCUCGAUCAUCGCCAAGGAGCUUCUGAAUGGCCAGAGAGUAGUUGCCGUGAGGUGCGAAGAUAUAAACAUAUCAGGCAGCUUAUACAGGAACAAACUAAAGUACCAAGAAUUUCUGAGACUUCGAACGAACACGAACCCUAAGAAGGGACCUUUACAUUUGAGAGAGCCAUCCAAAAUUUUGUGGAGAUGCGUCAGGGGAAUGUUACCACACAAAACGUACAAGGGAAAAAUUGCCCUUAAAAAACUGAAGGUCUUCGUAGGGAUGCCAUACCCAUAUGAUAAGAAGAAAAAGUACGUUUUACCAAGUGCUUUGAGAGCGUUCAGAUUGAAAAAACAUAGAAGAUAUUGCCGACUUGGAACAUUGAGUUCGAGGGUAGGUUGGAACUAUGAUGAGUUGGUAAAGAAAAAUGAAAUGUCAAGAAAAAAGCUGAGCAAAUUAUAUUACAAAAAGAAGGUGAGUGCAUUGAAUGAGAAGAAGGAGAUAAAGGCAGAGGCGCUGAAUAUGAUCAACCCCGAGGAACGCAAGGUGUUGGAAAAUUUCGGAUACGCAUAGGCAGCAUAUUGCUACUAUGUGCGGUCCUGUGUGGAGGAACGUAAUCUGCGUCAACACCACGUGUGAU